ACUUCCACUUCCACUUCACACAACAGAACUAGAACACAACAGCAAACAUCCUCAUUUUCACCAAACAAUCUCUGCAAAUGAAAACCAUUUUAGCACCUCACUCUCUCUCCUCUCUCUUCACCCCCAAAUCCUCUCUUCAACACCAACACCACCACAACCCCAAACCCACUUGUUAUAACCUCAAAAAGGUUUCAAAUUUUCAAUCUUUUUCAUCAUUUAACACAAACCCAAAUUGGGCUUCUCAUGUUCAACACGGAUUAGCUGCUUUAGCCAUCUCAUUGGCGCUUAAUUUUAGCCCAAUUUUGGGUGGUGGGUCUGCAUUUGCUACUGAAUUUGAUGUGCUGAAUGAUGGGCCUCCUAAAGAAACUUAUGUGGUGGAUGAUGCUGGUGUGUUGAGUAGGGUUACAAGGUCUGAUUUGAAGAAGUUGUUGGCGGACUUGGAGUACAGGAAGAAGAUUAGGAUUGAUUUUGUCACUGUUCGGAAGCUCACGAGCAAAGCGGAUGCAUUUGAGUAUGCAGACCAAGUUUUGGAGCGUUGGUACCCGACACUUGAAGAAGGAAACAACAAAGGGAUAGUGGUACUGGUGACCAGUCAAAAAGAAGGUGCAGUCACUGGAGGCCCCGAAUUCAUCAAGUCUGUUGGUGACACUGUUCUCGAUGCCGUUGUAUCCCAGAACCUUCCCGUGUUGGCGGUGGACGAGAAGUAUAACGAAGCAAUUUACAGCAGUGCUAAACGGCUAGCUGCAGCCAUCGACGGUCUUCCUGAUCCUGGUGGCCCGCAACCUAAGGAUGCCAAAAGGGAAUCCAACUUCAAAACCAAGGAAGAGACGGCUGAGAAACGAGAUCAGUUUACAGUUGUUGUCGGAGGUUUGUUAGUUAUCGCUUUUGUUGUUCCCAUGGCACAAUACUACGCAUAUGUCUCCAAAAAAUAGCUGUAUUACAUUACCUGUCACCGCCAAUGUAAUUAGAAAUUCAAAUUUCGAAUGUGGAUCCGUUUAGUUUCUGGUUAAGGGAUACUGUGUUAAUGCUCAUUCGGUGUAUGGUUUCAUGAAUAAUUUGAACUUAAUCGGUCGAUUUGAGUUGUA